AUGAACUUUACGCCACCAUUUGCUAGAUCGCCAGCAUGCAGUAUCGAGCCAUUAGACGACUACGAAACACCAAGAGCUCCGUUGCUCCGUCAGGUAUCACUUGACGAAGAAAGACAAGAUGACUGCCAGGGGCACUGGCGAGGACCUUACCUGGAGGGGGAAGAAGAAGAGAAAGGAGUCCGACUGUUCAGAGCGAUGCUGCUGCAGCAUCUGAGAUUGGAGGAAUUAAGGCCACCACCUUGUCUGUUAGUUCCAGCAACUCCUGAUCCAAGAGGUUGGUGGAUGUAUUGGAGGGAUUGGCGAUCUCUUGAGAAGGCGGCGAGAAGGUUCCGAGAAACAAAGGCACAAGCGAGACUCGCCGUCAGAGCUGAGCAUAUUCCUUUGCUGAGUCUUGAUGAAGUUGCCUUUGAGGAUAUCAUGCAGGAACUGUGCCAAGCUUGUGUCCAUGCGGAGCAGAGGGCGUUAGUUGUUCUGGUGUUUUUGUGCGAAGUCUGCGCACGCGCUGUGAGAGUAGGGGGGUGGUGUCGAGCUGCCGACUGGGCUGCAAGACAUGUGGCACAAUGCGCGACACCUUGGGCUAUAAGGCAUGGUGGAUGGAGUAACGUGGUGGAACGAGUGAGUGGAACUAGAAGAGAUGAUACUAUAUUAGCUGGAGCUGCUAUUGCUGCGUUGCUGGCAUUCCUCCUAUUUUGUAAGACACGACUGCGGCUUACCAUUCUAUAA